AUGCAGGCUGCGCGUCGAAUAGCCACCCUGGAUGAAUUUGUUUCAUUUGUCAAUCGUGAAGGCAUCACCAGUCUGGGGAGUUGGAUUGAACGGCAACGAAAUAAGAACAUUCCACAGAAAUAUAAUCAAGCAACACGACGGAUCAGCACUGCAGGCGUGACCAUUGUGGAUUUGCGAUCUCACUGGCAGGCUCAGCUGACUGCCCAGGUAUCACUUCAGUCCAGCCCACCUGUUCGUGUCCAACGCGAGCUGGGCAAGAUAGUCAGCCUUCAAAAUCAAAUCGAAGAUAUCGAUGACACUCUGGAGCAACUCCAGAAGACCAUUGACGAUCGACAGAGCUCUAAUUCAGCGCACAUUGCGAUCAAAGAUCUGCAAUGCACUCAUAGCAAGCUUAGUGAACAAGCUGUGCAUCUGUACACUUCCCUUGACCUGGAGACUCAUUACCCAGAACUGGCUGGACUUCCCUUUGAAUUUGUUCAAACACUGCUGCUGAUGAGGGAUCUCAAAAUACAGAUACGAAAACAAGCGAUUGGAACAUUCCUAGAAUGGGAGAAUUUGGACCGUGCUGUCCAAGGACGUCGGGAGCCACUGGGUACAAAGCUUCAUCAAGCAGCUCGGAAGGCCCUUUCAAAACGUCAGCCCACGCUGCAUUGUCUAAUCGACAAGUUCAACUCCUUUUGCUCUCGACUGGAAGAAAUUCAGCCCCCACACUGCUCUGUUCCUAUCCCUCUCCCACUGCCUACCAAACUGAACGAGCUUAAGUCUCACACCAACCUCUUCGAAGAUAUAUGGAUCACUCCCUCUGAUGGGGGUGUUCCAUUGUGGCUGUGUGAUGAGAAUGUCCGGCAGGGAAUUUCCAGUCUCCAUGUACUUGAUCGCUGUCAUGAGGAAGACCUCCGCCUGUCCCGAGAGAGUGAAAAUAUGCUACGCUGGAUUGAUCAGGAGUCUUUGCUGCUCGCGUCGGCCAAAGAGCGCCACUCGACACACGAAUCCACCAUUUCGUACCGAUUCCCAUCGUCGUCUGGGAGUCCAUCCCCUCCCCCCAUCGUACCAUCGUCGCCCGAUCUGGCGCAUCAAAACCAACCCGGGCCCUCCGACCCCUACCUCGCCCUCCCACCGCCUGAAGACGAGAUCCCCGACCUCGACGAACUGCCCUCCGAACAACCACCCUCGCCUCCACCUCACACGCCUGCCCCUACCAUGUCAGGGCAUCACCGCAUCACCCUCGCCGCCAACCCCCCCUACUUCGAUGGCGACAAGUCCAAAUACCUGGGCUUUGUGGACGCGUGCACCACUUACAUCGGUGCCUAUCGAUCGGAGUUCUCACAAGAUGAGACCAAAAUCCUCUUUGUCCUCUCCUACCUCCGUAACGAGAACGGCACGAGCUGCGCUGCCUCGAGAUGGGCGAUGAACUGGAAGCAGCACAACUUCGAUGGCUUCCAGGGACUGAAGGCAGGAGUCACAUCAAAGAACUUCCUGGAGGAGUUUCAGAGGGCGUUCGGGGACUCCAAUGCGGAACAAGUCGCCGCUGCUCGGCUUAUGGCCCUGCGUCAAAACAAACGGUCCUUCGCGGACUACAUCUCCGACUUUGAGAUGUUGGCCGCGGAUGCAGGCUACAAUGUGGUUGACACCACCGACGACAAAGGCGAAUACAAGAAGGGGGACCAGGAUAAUAUCCUCAUCGAGUUCCUGGAGCGCGGACUCAGCAGCGAGAUCGCCAGCCGUCUCUACAACACCGGUGUCCCUCUGCCCAAGGCCUAUGGAGCGUUCAAAGCCUGGUGCAUCAACAUCGAAGCCAAUGCUCUGCGUGACCAGCUGCGCAAAGCGUCGUAUGGGCACCCCACACAACGACCACCUCCCCAGUUCCGUCCCCAAACGGCACCAGUGGCGCCCACACCCGCUCCGGCCCGACCCGCUGCCAACGAACCGGUUCCGAUGGAAAUCGAUCGUACCCACGCCCGCGGCCGCAAUAUCAUCUGCUACAACUGUCAACAGCCUGGGCACAUUGCGCGGAACUGUCCGGAGCCAAGGAAGAAGCGCACAUUCUUCAAUCGGGCCACGAUGCUGGAAGAGAUCGAGAACGGGGACAAGGACAACGAGUUCCUCAAGGAGAUCGCUGAGAAGCUGCGCGAGAAGGGUUUUUGA